AUGCAUCCUCCUCUGCUUUCAACAAUGAGUAAGUAAGCUUACACAAAUUAACAAUCAAGCGAAAAGGAAAAUAAUGCUGAAGCUUACGGUAGACUUAAGGUCAUUUAAGGGUUGGGGCUCGCGUUAAGGACCUUUAGCGGUAGUCACGCCCGAAAGCCCUGCGGAUAAAAUCCUGUGCUGAUAACACUGACGUUUGUGUUUAUUACAAUAGGUUUAUUGUUUUGAAACCAACUUUCAAUUCAGUUUUACUUUCUCGUAUUUUUUCAGCAAUGCAUCCUCCUCGGCCUUCAACAACGAGUAAGUAAUUUACACAAAUUAUCAAUCAAGCGAAAAGGACAACAAUGUCCAGUGUUUUAGAGCACUGAUGUCAUAUUAUCCCGGGGGCGCCGGGUACUUCCUUAUAAGAGGCUAACUGGGAUGUGCCGUUGGAUGGAGUCGCAUUUUCACGACUAGACUGCGAGCAGUCUCUCUUUUUCUUCAGAUUUAGCAAGGGGAUUGCACGCGCGCGAGCGUUGAGCAACGAAGCUGCGAGACGCGAGAAACGAGGGCAUUUUGCUCGACGGACCAAGAAAAAAAAGAGAGACUGCUCGUAGUCUAUUUCACGACUGGACUGACUAUAAUGGAGUCGCAUUUUUAAUGCAGUUAGUAAAAUGAGGUCGCACAUUUUCGGAUUUUUGGGGGUAAGAAAGUUCUUCAUAUUUACGGUUAGCAAACAUACCAGAAUGUUUGUGCUGUAGAUGAAAAGUAAAGUGUUCUUCAUUCAAUCUAAAAAAUGAGUAAUUUCGUAAAAUUAGAAAGUGACUAAGUUGGGAUCGCGAAAUUUACAUAUUUUCCCAAAAGUGACUAAGAUGGGGUCUAUAAUUGGCCACAGAAUAGACUAUAAUGGGGUAGGGGCUCUGAGAGGCCAGCGGCACAUACCCAGCAAAAAUUAACCUCCCCCCCUCCCCGGGCAUAUUAUCUCCCUUAGGCAUUUUAAGCAAAAGUGGGAGCGAAGGCAGCAAAAAAUGUCGCCGAUGUAAAGGACCAUCUGUUGCUUAGGCUAACAAUGUUACGUUAACGAUCAACUGUUACGUCAACCGAAUGUAAUACGUUAAUGUUCGUCACUGCGAUUUAACUACUUAUAGCCUAAGAGAGAAUGAAUGCAUGCUAGCCAUUCCUCAAACCUGCACUGAGUUUUAUAAAAGAGCCUUUGUAAUAUAUAGCGGAAGUGUGUUGCGGAACAGCUUGCCCCUGGAGGUUCGGCAAUUAACAUCCCUUAAUGUUUUUAAACCGACAUUAAAAAAUCUUCAUUUCGAUUGCGAAAUUACUUAAAUUAGCGAUACGCAAUUUUUGCACACGUCCUCCUUGUAUAGUAGGUUUUUUCUUAUCAUCUUUCUUGUUUAAUUGCGUUCGAGGUACGAGAACGCAACCCCUAAUUUGUGUUGGGUGUUCUGUGCAUUAUUGGGUGUCCUGUGCAAUUAAUAAGGGAGGUUUUUUGAGAUUGCCUUUUCGUCAUCGUCGUCGACACACAUUUGCCUCGCUUUGAGGCGCUUGCUUAAGUUUUGCCUCACUUUGACGCGCUAACUCAUGUGGUGAUUCUUGUUUCCUCGGCGUUCAGCUUUCAAAGGUUUGCUGAGGUCUGAUAUUCUGUCUUCGUAAAGCGUUUAUCUUUUAAAAAGUUUGCUGAAUCUUCGUAAAGCGUACAUCGAUCUGUGUUGCUGAAUCGUCCAAAGCGUUCAUCUUUCAGAAGUUUGCUGUUAAAUUUUACUUUGGUUUAAGCCUUCAUAUAUUUUUCAGCAUGGUUCGUCACUGUCUUUGGAAAAUGUCUGCGACUCCUGGUGCAUGCAUCAAACCGGGUUUAGUUCGGUGGCCGUUGUGCCACAAAGUAAAUUUACCGAGUUGUGUUGCUCGCCGGCUGUUGUAUCACAAAGUAAGUCCACCGAGUUGUGUAGCCGGCGGCCGUUGUGCCAGAAAGUAAAUCUACCGAGAUGACGUGAUGUCAUAAUCACAUUUAUCUAUAUCGCAACUACCCUUCCGCCUCAACUGCUACCUGUAUGCCUAACAAACAUAUCAAACGCACUCCCCUAAGCUCCGAUUACUCCUAGUUUAGUUUGGUAGUUAGGUUUCUAUACUUAAAUGAAAAUGUACCUGAAGGAAAUACCGUGUAUAAAUAAAGUUGACUUACCUUACCCCGAGGGUUCUGAUGUCACAUGACGUCAUAGAUCUGCCAUUUUGAAUUUUGAUCCCACAGAUACCCAGUUUCAGCAAAAAUAUAGCAUUUUACUCUUCCAGAAUAUAUUGAGAUAUAAAUAGUGCCUGUAGUCUCAGAUUCGUGACGUUUUCCUUUUUAUUACUCUGACUCAUAGGACCCAGGUUUGCCUUUACUAUUUCAUGCUUCCCCUCUUACAUGGUGGCUCACAUAGCACGUGACAGUUUGCCCUCGGGAGCUGAUGUUAGUCUUCUUCAUCUUAACGAUCCCAGCUGUGGUGUGAGUUAUGUGACCAAGAAGAGUGUUAUUAUAAAGGCUCCACUGAAAGGCUGCGGAACAGUUCGGAGGUAAAAGUAAACUCUGAAAUACGUAUCAUUAAAAUGAUCUGGUAAUUAGUGAGCAGUAAGUCCUCGCGUCAUUUCAGCGCUGUUAAAUGUAUCAGGUAUCAAAAUCAAUAUUAUUUUGUUAGAUAUAUUUUGGACCUCUUAAAUGCUUCAAAAGUGCUGUCAGGAGCCUGCUCGGCCAGGUUAACCCUUUUAAGCCUAGUCUGUUUUUACCAGUCUUUUGUGGUACGGAUGGGCGAGCCUUAACCUUGACUGUAAAGUCUUAACCAGUAAUGCCUUGUUAGCCUGGUCUUUCCAUGCUUCUCUGGUAGGCUCAAGGCCUGAUGCGUAUAUAAAAGCUUGGUUUCCACGGAGUUGUUGGUGAACCUGGGGUCUAUUUAUUACAGCUUAAUUUUAGAUGGGUAAUUAUACGUGAAAUUAUUAUUUUAGAAUCUAAAUUCAGUAGCCACACUUGAAAAUUACAGCUAAAGUUUUGUCGAGAUGACUCUUAGUUCACAGUAUCAUCUGAAAAAGCUUGGUAAGCCUGGUUGGUUUUGCUAAAUACCGUGAACGACGUAUUUUUAAGUAGGAGGGAACGGACUGAUGAUAUGAUAGAUGGACAUGAUAGUUAAAAAAACCUUGAAAACAAGUACAAAAGAACACUGAGGUUUUCGCCUUUCAGAAAUCCAAGUUUAUAUUUUUCUAAACGUUUACUUGCUUUCAUUGAUACAAUGUGCAGGUGACAAAGUGGCGGUUUUUCUCUAGCAAAAAUAAGUCCAGUUGAGAGAGGAAUACAAUUGUUGUUGUUGUUGUUAUUUUUUCUUUUCAACUUGGAUUCCUGUUGAUAACGAUGGAGCUUUGAAUUUUUCUCUUGCAUGUUUGACCAGGAACAUUGGGUACAAAAUGUUCUUCCAUAACAAGGUGGUGGUACCCUCUGGAUAUCGUGAAAAGAGGUCGUUAUCCGUGUUUCCGUUCAAGUGUGUUUACAGCCGAUUUGGCUUUCCGUAAGGAACUGUUUCAAGCUACUCAGUCCAUAAUCAUAACUAAGGUAAGAAAUGAUGGAUACACUAUGAUUUGGCAAUUAUUAAACAUGUUCGAACGGCAUGGUUCUUUUUUCUGUGCUGGGUUUUCUCCUUGAUGAAGAGCAACUAAUUCAUAGAGAACAAAGGAAAUCAAUUCCGUAAACAAGUUAACAAAAGAUAAUCCGUUUAAUUACCAUAGCUUUUAAUUUCUUCAAGGACUGUUUCCUCAAAGGCUUCUACGAAGCUACAGAGAUUUUAUCACCCUCUUGAAAAACAGCUUCAAAUUUUUAUUGGUGUUAAAAAUAAGCAAAAGAUGCAUUGGUAAAUCAAAAUGGCCGCCGUUUUUAUUGUUUUGGAACACGAAUAUGGCCGCUGUGACGUCAGUCUUAGACAUGGAAAAAAGAAAGAGAAAUAAGAGCUUAAACCGCGCAAAACCGCGCGAAAUCUAAAACGCUCCACUCUCUUAUCCCUGAUUUCGGGGGAAGGGGCUCUGUCACUAGCCCUUGUGGUCGGUUGGAUAUCUAAGUCCUUCCUUGCGAUGAUAGAGUUUUGUACUUUUCUUUGCGGUUAUAGUAUUAAGCCCUCUCCUGAUUUAUUAUCGAAAGGAUUUUAAUUCAGAGGUGAAAAUGACCUUCAAGGUACACGUUAUACACAAUCUUCGAUAAUUUUCAAAUCUGUUUUCCUUUUUUUUUUCGUAGGUGCAUGUUUUGACGGUACGAUAACCAUCAGCAGUUAAUAAAGUAAUUUAAGAGGCAAAUUUUAGCAAUACUUAUGUCUAAAGAGAGCUGUUCCAUUUCUAAACUGCAAUAAUUAUAAUUUUGAAAGAUGUUAGAAAUAGCUGAAGCAAUAAACAC